UAGAAGAGUGAAUAUUGAGGGGAUUUUCACCUUGACGGUGGAUAAUGCUUCCUCAAAUGACGUAGCCAUUAGUUACUUGAAAGAAGCUACUAAUAGGUGGAAAGGUACUGUUUUAGGGAAUGAAUUUGUUCAUGUGAGGUGUUGUGCUCACAUCUUGAAUCUUAUUCUGACCGAUGGCUUAACACAUCAUAAUAAGUCAAUUGAUAGGGUGCGUCAUGCAGUUAGAUAUGUGAAAGCUUCUCCAAAUAGGUUACAAACCUUUAAGAGGUGUGUGGAGAAAAUGAAAAUAGAGUCAAAGGCUAUUCUAUGUUUGGAUGUGGCCACUAGAUGGAACUCCACCUAUAAAAUGUUGGAAAAUUCUGAAAAGUUUGAACAUGCAUUCAAGCGGAUGGAAUAUGAAGAUCUUGAUUAUAUUCUACACUUUCGGGAUGGGGACUAUGAUAGGAGACCUCCAAAUGAGGAUGAUUGGGAGACUUGUAGAAAAUUUGUUAAGUUUUUGAAACUUUUUUAUAAUGCCACAAAGAGGUUUUCGGGUUCCUUGUAUGUGACAUCAAAUGCUUUCUUUGAUGAGAUAUAUAUGAUUAAAAGAAAGAUAGAUCUCUUUUCUAGGAGUGAGGACCAUUUUUUGUACUCAAUGGCAAAAACAAUGAAAGAGAAGUUUGACAAGUAUUGGGGGAGCGGGGAGGAUUCAUCAAAGAAGGGAAAUGUGCUUUUGUAUGUUGCUGUGGUGCUUGAUCCUCAAAAAAAGUUGGAUUAUUUGAAUUAUUGUUUAUUAAAUUUGUAUGGAGAGAAUGUUGCUAAGAUUAUCACUGACCUUGUGGAAAAUGUAUUGAAACGCUUGUAUGAGCAUUAUAAUUCAACUCAUUCAUCAUAUGUGUCUAUACAAAGUGCGAGUGAGAUAUCAAGGAUGGAAGGUGUUGGUGUUGAUGUUGAUGAUGAUGAUGAUGAUGAUGAUCCAAAUAGAUUUAUUGCCUCUCAAUACAAGGCUUUUAGGCAAGGAAAACAACCUGUUGGGUGUGUAGAUGAGGUUGCAAAAUACUUGAUGGAGAAUAUUGAAGGGGAAAAUGACAAAACCUUUAAUAUACUGGCUUGGUGGAAGUAUAAUACUAAUAAGUAUAGUAUAUUGUCUUGACUGGCACGAGAUGUGUUGGCUGUACCUGUUUCUACUGUGGCUUCUGAGUCGGCAUUUAGUACAGGAGGACGUAUACUAGACCCAUUCCGUAGUUCACUUGCCCCUGAGAUGGUACAAUCUCUCAUAUGUACUUAAAAUUGGCUUCAAUCUUCAGUGCAAAUUUCGCUUCGACAAGCCAUGGAUGAUGUUGAGCUAUUUGAAGAUUAUGGAAAAUUUAGCUUCACCUUCAGCAGCAUCACCUUCACCAUCAAGCACUGCUACAAAUCUUGACUGAUCUGCCUACAUAUAUUGCAACCCCAUGUGUAUGAAGCCAAGUUUAAUGUUGGAGCUUGAAGAAGUGCUUACAUGCAGGAUUACUGAAAAGAAACUUUUUUUGACAAUUAAGCAUUUUGUCCAGCAAUGGAUUGCUGUAAUUUGUUUCACUAAAGCAUUUUGUUGUAAUGUAAAGCUUUAGAUAUCUUGCCAUAGUUUUUCAUUUCCGGCUCUUUAGUGCUUGUGUUGGUUUUUAUGCAUUUGUUUUGCUUUCUCAAAGUUCUAACACUAUUUGGAGAGUUCACAACAGAAUGAAAUGAAUUAGAGUGGAUAGGUUAUAAAUGAA